GCCUUGCCUUGCCGUCACCCUCUGCAGCGUUAAUCCCCUCGACUUGCUCUAGAGAGACUAUCAGAGAAGCACCGCACUCACCCUUCUCGCUUUGAACCAUCUCACUUCGUGUCCUCAAAUUCCCUGCUGCAGCCACCCCACCAUGCAUUUCUCUUCAAGCCUCGCCGAUUUCAUGGAACGCCUCAAUGAGGGACCCGCGGGCAUUGACGACGCUCUAGCCGCCGUCGAGAAAUGCGCCGCAGACUCAGGGACCGUCUUAGAUUUACAGCAGAUGACCCUCACCGAUGAGGAUCUCCAGCUGAUUUCCACCAAGUUCGACUCCCUUGCCGCUCAUGUCACAAAGCUCAACCUGUUUAUGAACGAAAUUUCUGUCUUGCCAGCCUCUAUCACAGCGCUUUCCAACUUAGAAAUUCUCCAUGCCGGGUGCAACCCCUUAGAAAGCGUAGACGCGGCCUUGUUCGCGGCCCUACCAAAGCUCACAGAGAUUGAUGUCGGGUUCAGUGAAAUCCUCAGUCAACUUCCUGACAGUUUCAGCAACCUUCCUUCUUUGAAAGUGCUCAAGGCAGGCAACGGACGGCUCACGUCCUUACCGCCAAGUUUGUUCAAAUGUUCCAACCUGGAAGAGCUCUAUCUCUAUGGGAACAGUCUCAAAGGCGUCAGCGAAGAAAUAGGAGAGCUGAGAAAGCUUAAGCUUUUGAAUCUCGGCAGAAACCAAAUCGCCAGUCUUCCGGACAGCAUUGGAAGGUGUGGUGUACUUGAGACCUUACAUUUGUAUGAAAAUUGCCUUUCAUCGUUGCCCAAGGGUGUGGUGAGGUUGGAGCACUUGCAAACACUCAACGUGAACUCAAAUGCAAAUCUUCCCAUGCCCCCACGCGAAGUACGAUGUUUGGCGGCGGCAAAGUCUACUGCAUCCUUCCUGGCCACCGGCGUAGCCAAUGGGACAACCAUUUGAUGAGCGAUUGCAAGAAUUCAGCGGGAGCAAGACUCCAGGGUAGCUCUAGUAAACUGCAAAGGCGAAACGGUUUGUCCCAACCCAGAAUCGUAAAAAAAUUGUGUUGAGCAAUGGUCCCUUUAUUCGUCUUACUUACAAGACAA